GAGCAGGAGCAGAGAAUGAAGAGGUUGGAGAAGCUCAAAAGGGACCUUGAAAGGAUGAACAAUGAGAGAGACGAACUCCGGGGAAUCCUGGCACAUUAUAUUAACAAGGAUUUGAACAAGAGGUUCAACUUUGAGACCACAAUGCUGGAGAUGCAACAUGACCAGGUGAUGAGCGAGCUCAAAAACAUUCCGCAGCAGAUCAGUGAGGCCUUGUAUAUGUGCCAGGAGUUGACUAAAAAUAAUCAACUUUACAGCAUCAGGAACUGUCACCUCCUGACUGAGUCUCUUCAUAUGAAGAGUGAAGUAAAAAUGCUCUGGAAUGAAAACAGGCAGCUGCUUAAGGAGCAGAUUACACUGGACGUGUGUUCUAAGGAAACAAGGAGGCUAUGUGUGGAGGCCAGCAUGAAGAUCUAUGACAAAUUU